UAAAACCCUCGUCGCCAAAAUCAACAAUUAGAAUUAGGGUUUUAGCAGAGCUCUAACAAGAACACCAGGCUCAUUUCACAAAACUCCAUUAGAGGAGAGAGAAAGAAAGCUCAGAAUCUGCAGAUGGGUAAGAAGAGAAAGCACGUUGAAACCCUAGCUGCUGAAGCAGCAGCAGCAGAAGCGAAGAAAAACGACGUCGCACCAGAGAGGCCGAAGAGGACAUUGGUUGGGUGGAAGGACAAACCUCAGGAAGAUGACGAGGAGAGAGAAAAUGGAGGCGAGGCUCAUCCUCGUGUUUUCCGUAACAAAGAGAAGGUCCUCAUUACUUGUUCCCGUCGAAUAAAUUUCAGGUAUCGACAUUUGAUGUUGAAUGUGGCGUCGCUUUUGCCGCACUCAAAGCGAGAUAACAAGGUCGAAUCGAAGGAGAGCAAAGGGGCAACUUUGAAUGAGCUUGUUGAGCUUAAGAACUGCUCCUCCUGCUUGUUUUUUGAGUGCAGGAAACAUAAAGAUCUAUACUUGUGGAUGGCCAAGAGCCCAAAUGGUCCAUCAGUUAAAUUUUUGGUCAAUGCAGUGCACACGAUGGAGGAAUUAAAGCUCACUGGGAACCAUUUGAAAGGCUCACGACCUCUGUUGACAUUCUCAGCAAAUUUUGACAAGGAACCGCAUUGGAAGCUUUUGAAGGAGCUGAUGCUGCAGAUAUUCCAAAUUCCUAAAGAACACAGGAAAUCAAAGCCUUUUCAUGAUCAUGUCUUUGCCUUUUCAAUUCUCGAUGACCAUAUUUGGUUUAGAAACUACCAGAUAACUGUUCCUCAUAAUGAACCAACAAAAAUGGACAGAGGCGGCUUGGACAAGAUGACCCUUACAGAGGUUGGUCCAAGGUUCUGUUUAAAUCCCAUCAAAAUAUUUGGUGGAAGCUUUGGAGGUCCAACUUUGUAUGAGAAUCCCUUUUAUAUUUCACCAAAUCAGAUACGAUCUUUGCAGAAGAAAAAGAAGGCUGGCAGAUAUGUUCAGAAAGUUAAAGCAAAGACUAGGAGGAAAAUGCAUGAGAUGGCGAACCCAAUGGAGCGUGAUGAGCUGGCAGAUAUGUGGAAAGAGUAGUGAUAAUCUACUGCAGAUAAGUUUUGCUGUGGUCUUAGAUAAACAAAGAUCAUCAUAUACAAUAGCAAAUGACAAUUCUUCCCUUGUCAUCUGUUUUUACUGGAAUACUGGAGCAUUUUGACAUAGUUGGAAGUUCAUUACCUUAUCCUAUUGUACUUCCAUUAGAAGGGUGAAGCCGGGAGAGUUUUUCCAGUUACAGUAAUGGGGAAAGAAUGCAGAGACAUGCAGUCGAGUUAGGUUCUGCAAAUUAUGUAUGGAUUUUACUUUUUUUUGUAACAAGAUUUCGACUUUUGUGUAGCAAAGUGUGAUGCCAUAAUUUUUAAAUGUUCAGAAUUUGUUA